AUGGGUGCUUUCCUUGUGACACACGACAACGGCGGUGGGAGGACGGCAGGGUGGUGCAACAAGAUGCUGUGGACUGGCUCGUGUAAUUUUGAAAAUCCUGCUGCAACAGAGCAGACACAGGAUGCAGAGCAGGGAACGUCAAAGACAACACCAGGUCCCAGGGACAAGGUUGUGGUGGUGAUGAGCCGCUUGUACCUGGCCCUUUCCCGGGUCUCCAUUGGCGAAGAUGGCGUGCAGAGAAGAGUGGAUGCCGGCAGGGUAGGGCCAGGGCAGCACGGUGCAGGGCAAGGAGGGCAGGGCAGCCAAAAGGGGGGAGGAGACAGCAGAGGAGAUGUGAUUGAGGUGAGGCUAGAUGGAGGGCUUGAGCUGCUUGGUGACAGGGUCUCCACAGCACACAGCAGGGCAAAACGGUGGACGGAGCUUCCAAGUGACAAACCUGGGUGAGGGUCGAAAGGGAUGGAGUAGGGCUACCUUUCUUAGGGAGACCAGGUCGCUGGCGUGCCCUGUCGAAUCGUUUGAACAGUGUUGUGGUCGUCUCAGCGUGCAAUGCAGCCAAGAGGAAGAGAGAUCCGUCGCUGCGACGUCGAGAGUUCUUCAGGCUCUAAGAAGGUUGAGGUUCAAUCUCCCAGGAGGCAGGCCCCAGGUGAUCCAGAUGCCUUGCCGAGGCUGUCUCUACUGGUGUGGAGGUGCCAGAUGUGAUCCGCGCAGUACAGGGAACCAAGCAGUCGCGUCCGGAGCUUCCAGUGGCGUGUCGCGUUGCGUGCGCGUCUGAGCAAGUGCACGCGAGCGAGAUGGAGGGGGUUUUAGGUCAGGGAGUGUGAGGUAACAAAGUACAGUACAGCUUUGGUUUGGG